CAAGUCAAUGUUGAAAAGUGACUUAUCUACCUGCAGUGAGGGAGUCGAAAGACAAGAUUCUAACAGAAGACGUUGAAUUGCGGCGGAUACAGGCAACCAACCUCACGGGAAAAUGCCAAAGAUGAGGUUGAUAUACGCAGUCUUGGUGAUAUGCGCAGCGUUGAAUUUAUCCGGCGCCUUCCUACUGAGAGAGAAUGUCCAACAACCGGCCUCUUCGGACCUUGACGACAACUGCACAGUCAUUGCAAGUCGGGGUGAUUGUGACUUCUACACAUGCUUCCAAAGACGCCACCAGUGUUCAGAAUACCUGGUGGAGCAUGCUCGUGAUCUCUGUACGAAGCUCGAGAACAGGCGACCUCAGUUCACAGCACAGGGCCAAGUCUGGCUGAGCAACCAAACAAAAUGCGUCAUGGAAAAGCUGGUCCCUUCAUACCGUUUAUCAGUGCUUGACUGCAACGACCUUACGGAGGCAGGCUAUGGCUUUUACCUGGAGUGUUCACUAAGUGGGAGACCGAAUGUCUGUGACAUCAUCUGGCAGAACAUUGAACACUUCAUGGCAGUCACAAACAUGAGGAGUGUGAGGGAUGCAAAAUUUGCUUUCACAACAAUGACGAAAUGUGGACUACAGUCUCUACAGCGAUUCAUCAGAUAUCUCCAAGAGAUAAGGACUCCAUUUACUGCAUUAGACAUUCAUUAGGUCAUACUUAAUGUGACGAUCUGCACCCAGGGAGGCGUCUUGAACUUCGACUUCGGUGCUCAUACAUGCUGUAUGGACUACCUUUACCAGUAAACAAACUAUGAGAAGAAUCAAUUAAUUUCAUGCAAAUAUUUAUUGAUAAAAAGGCACAACUUGGUUGAUACACCAAGUCUGCAAUAAACUUUUCAAACAAAACUUUAAAGGGAGCUAUGCUAUACAGGGACGGUGUGUCUUUAUAAAUAAACAUUCUAAGUGCACAAAAAAGCUGUAAUUAAUCUGUCAAUAAAGAUCAGAUCAUACAUUUUUUCGAAAAAAUAAUUGUAAUUAACAUACACAUGGAUCACAUGUUCAUUCAAAUAAAGUUCACAAAAUUAAUAAAUAAAUGAAGGACGGAGCUUAAAUCUUAA